GCAUGAAAGAAAUGGAGCGGCACGGACACUAGUCCAUGUCCCUGCUGUGUAAAGUUACGCUUGCAGAUUGGCAAAUAAAGCCACGCUGAAACGUAACGUGUAACGUAACCGGCCUCACUCAAGGGCUCAGUCCAGAAUAUCACGUGGCAAGCCACAAAGAUUUGACUAGCGGCUAGUGAGGUGACGGAUGUCGUUCUUCUGCUAAUGUAAAAGGAUUUAUAGUGAAGAUAAAAAAGUCCAGAAUCCACCCAGCCAAUUUACUAAAAUGUCAGGUUGAAUUAUACUCUUGUAAAAGCAGCCAGAAAUGAAGACCAGAAUAUCACCAAAAAUCAUUGCACAACCAGCAAGAGGACUUGUGGAUGAACAGAUAUACAUCCGUGUUUCAAACUUGAUUCCAAAUGAAAAAAUUACCUUGCGAUGUUUACUUCUAUCUGAAGAUAAUGACUUCUGGCAUGCAUAUGGACUGUAUAUCAGUGAUGACAAAGGAGUGGUAAAUGUUGCUGAAGAUGUUUGCCUAGGAGGAUCAUAUACUGGUACAGAGCCAAAUGGAUUAAUUUGGAGUUUAAAACCAGUUCCUGGAAGCAGGCCUGCUCUAAGAUUAAGAAAACACAAUGUAUUUACUCCUUUUCUAUUAAAUGUCUCUGUGCAUAAAGGGCACAUAAAUGGUGAUUUCAAAGAUGCAUCGUCCUUAGCUCUUACUGUAAUAGAACGCUGGUACAUUGCUCCAGGAGUGUCCACAGUAGAAAUUAGGGAGAACUGUAUUCAUGGAACACUUUUCCUUCCACCAGGUCCUGGACCAUUCCCUGGAAUUUUAGACUUAUGGGGAGGAGGAGGUGGACUAGUGGAAUAUCGUGCUGCACUGCUUGCGUCUCAUGGUUAUGCUUCUCUUGCUCUGGAGUACAUAUCCACUCAAAAUACUUCAAUAAAUGUUAAUAAUAUUGGCACUGAGUAUUUUGAGGCAGCAUUUCACUUCCUUAAGAGCCAUCCCAGAGUUUCAAGUGAACAAGUUGGUAUUUUUGGCCUGUCAUUUGGAACAUCAGUGGCUCUUAAUAUUGCAGCUAACAGAAACAGGAUUAGUCCUAGAUGUUUGGUUUGCAUCAGUGGAAGCCAUGCUAUUAAAAUUAAUGGUACCAUUGGUGAUGUUUUUGCAGAUCUGAAAAAAGACGCUGGAAAAGCAAUCGUUGAUGAAAAUAAUCACUUCAUUUGGAAAGAAAUUAUUCUUCCAAGACUUGCUGAUCCAAGUAAGAAAGUUAAAGUGGGAAACAUAAAGUGUCCUGUUUUGUUGAUUGCUGGCGAUGAUGAUCAGAAUUGGCCCGCUGUUGAUUCUGCUAGAGAUAUGGGGCAUAUGAUGAAGGCAGCUGGAAAUGAACAUCUGUUGACCACACUAAUUUAUCCUAAAGCUGGGCAUCUUAUAGAACCACCCUACAGUCCCCAUACUCGUUUCAGCAAUUUUAUUUCUGUAUUUACCCAACAGAAAGUUGUGAUAUUAUGGGGAGGCCAACCAAAGGAGCAUUCAUUUGCACAGGAAGACUCUUGGGAGAAGAUUUUACAUUUUUUAUACCAUCAUCUGUAUAGUUCUAAUAUUGGUUUAUCUAAAUUAUGAUCAUUUUAAUGAUGAUGACUUGUUCCCUUACUUAAAUUGAGAUAAAACUGUUUUGCUGCUGAUUUUUGUUUGUACUUGGAAUCUGAUGCUUCUCCUUUCAGUAUCCAAAAAUAGUUAGGUAGCAUUAAUGUGUUCCACUCACACUCAUACUGCAUUUUCAUAUCUUCAAUAUCCUGGUGAAAUCUUCUGCCAUGUUCAUUUCUGGCAAGUAAUCCAAGAGUGAAUGCAGGAAAAGAAUCUUUAGUGACAUAUUGCACUUCAUUGUUUUGUAUGCUUCAAGCAUGUUGUCAACCACUUGGGCAUAAUUUGGUUCUCUAUAGUCAGGAAGAAAAUUCUCAACAUCAUACUUGAAUGUCUUGCUUUAGUUUUCUCUAGCUCUACUAGCAUCUCUUCAAAGUAUUUGUCAUUGAUGACAUGUUUAAUUUGUAGACCAACAAAAAUUCCAGUUCAUGUAAAAGAUCUGUUUUGCUGUCAACCUACAUAAAGAAAUUUGUCAAAUUCUCUUGGUGGUCGAAAUGACAGAAAUUUUCAUACCUGGCAACAACAAACUCCAACAUUGUGGUUUUGAACCAAGUAGUUCUACUUUUGUUUUUGAAAAACUCAAGCCCUUGCCAGGUCAUUUAAUUCUGACUAUGUUAUUAGUUAAAACUCACCAUACAAAGGCUGGAUCCCUGACAUUUUUCAUA